ACAGGUCUAGGGUUAGGGUUUUGGAAAAACCUGAAUGGACUUCACCUUUGGGCUGGGCCGAUCUUUUAUGUCAAAUUUAGGCUUUUCUGUUGUUGGGUCAACAGUGAAUUUGUACAACUUUUCACGGGAAAGGAAAUUCCUCAAUUUUUCAUCCAGGUUCCAAUCUCGGAGUCUAGAUCUGUCGCCACAGCGACACUCGUUGAGGAUGAAAUCACUGUGCGAAGAUAGUCACUGACCGGGCUUGGGUUGCGUGAUUCUACAGAAGACACCGGCGUCAUAUAUGGGUGAAACUGAUGAUAGUAUGAAGUCAAAGAGAAUUGUUUUUGUGACUGUGGGAACGACUUGUUUCGAUGCCCUUGUCAGAGCAGUGGACACUCCACAAGUUAAACGCGAAUUUUUUAGGAAAGGGUAUACUCAUCUUCUCAUUCAGAUGGGCCGCGGGACCUACAUCCCUACCAAGUCUAGUGGGGAGGAUGGGUGUGUGGCUGUAGACUACUUCCCUUUUUCACCCAGCAUUGCCGACAAUUUGAAGUCAGCAUCUCUUGUUAUCAGUCAUGCAGGUUCAGGGAGCAUAUUUGAGACGCUGAAGCUGGGUAAGCCUUUAAUCGUGGUGGUAAAUGAGGAUCUGAUGGACAAUCAUCAAAGUGAAUUAGCUGAAGAACUAGCAGAGAGGAAGCAUUUGUCUUGUGCUCACCCUCAAACACUGUUACACACUAUCACGGGUAUGAGUUUGGAGGCCCUUGUUCCAUACCAUCCAGGUGAUGCCAGACCAGUUGCUAAACUCAUAAACCAGUUUCUCGGCUUUCCAGAUGAUUGAUCUAAGCUCAUAAUAAACUUACACGUGAAGAGAUGCUCGACUCCUGCAUUCUCUUUCAUAUUCAAUGAGUUUGGAGAAUGUGGUGAAAAUUGUGAUCUGCUUAUAUUUUGUUUACAAUUUUUGUUUUUUUCUUCUCAAAGAAAGUUGUAUCCUUUAGGCUCUUUUCACAAACGUUACGAAUAAUAAAAGGAAUCUCGUAUUCAUGUAAGAAA